AUGGCGAUUUCUUCAGCCAAAUCUGAAUCUUUUUCUCACGAAAAACGAUGGGUUGUUGUAUAUCCAGCUUAUUUGGACUCCAAGAAGUCUACAAAAGAAGGGAGAAAAAUCCCUAAAUUGCACGUAGGAUUUGAUUGGAAUUUUUAUAUUUUCUUUUCUUUUCUAGGCGGUUGAAGCUCCAACAUCAGCAGAAAUUCACGACGUACUAGCAGCUAGCGGACUGAAUCCUCUUCUUGAGGUUAUUUUUUUUUAAAAUACCUUUUGAUUUUUAUCAUACUCUUGAUUUCAGAGAAGUAAGAUGUACACUCGCGAUGCGGAUCGAGAGCCUUCCUCCCAAGGAAGAGUUCGUGUCCAGUUGAAAAAUGACGAUGGGACACCGAAGAGUUUGCAGUAUCCAACCCGUUAGUAAGCAUCCAACAAUUCAUCUCGAAAACUGCUUUAUAGGUGCCGCUUUGUACAAGUUUAUUGCUGAAAUGAUUCCGAAGCUCAAGUCACGACAACCAGGAUACGUGGCUCCUGCCGCCGCGGCUUCAAUCGCCGCUGGAAAAAAGAACAAGAAAAAGAAAUAGAGUCAGUUCAUAUUCAUUUAAAACAAAACAAAAAGCCUUAGGGGAAUUAUUUUGAAGCAAUCUAGUUAUAUAAAUUUUUGGUUAAAAAUUUUUUUUGUUUUAUAAUUGGAUGUACCGUUGGAUGUUUAAAGUUUUCAGUUUUAAAGCUCAAAAAAAGUUACACAGCACUUGAGGUUACCAACGUUAUAUGAAAAAGGUUGAGAAGAGAAAUGGUUGUCGACGGCUAAAUAUGCCGUUUUUUUCUCGUUAACUUCUCGUAUAUUUAUAUUUUCAUAUAUUUAUUAUUGUUUUUUUUAGCCGUUUGUAACUUAUUUGAAAAACCGUAAAGUUUGUGGGAAACAUUUUCAACACCGAAAAACAUCAUUUUUCUUUCUGCGGAACAGUUUUCGAUCUUCACUCAACCAAAACGAUACUUUUUUCAGGUUGCGGUACAAUCUUCCUUCUGA